AUGGAUAGAGCUACAGAAAUGCAUGAAAAUAUUGAUUAUGCAAAUGGAACUUCCAUUCCUUCAAAUCAUACUCAAUGCUUAACCAUCAAUGUCCCGGAAGAAAUCUUCUUUACUAUAUCGGUGUUAGGUUUAUUGGAAAAUGUCCUUGUUUUCACUGCUGUAAUCAAAAACAAAAAACUCCAUUUGCCCAUGUACUUUUUUAUUUGUAGUUUGUCAUUUUCUGACAUUCUAGGAAGUCUAUACAAAAUUCUGGAGAACAUUAUGAUGAUUUUGGCACGUCAUGGUCAUCUUCAAAAGAAAGGUGCAAUUGAGAAAAAGAUGGAUGAUAUUAUGGAUUGGUUUUUUGUACUGUCUUUACUUGGAUCAAUUUUCAGUCUGUCUGCUAUUGCCGCAGACCGAUACAUAACCAUCUUCUAUGCCCUUCGUUAUCACAACAUUAUGACUAUUAGAAGAGCUUGGAUCAUCUUAACUGUCAUAUGGGUAUUAGGUGGUGGAUGUGGAAUAGUUAUAGUUAUCUUCUAUGAUUAUACCAUUACAGUAAUGUGUUUUACUUCUAUAUUUUUUUUGCUGUUAGUCUUUAUAGUAUGUCUUUACAUCCAUAUGUUCCUUUUAGCACAAUCACAUGCACGGAAAAUAUCUUCACUCUCUGGACAAUGGAAUUCUGUGCAGCAAAAGACAAAUAUGAAAGGGGCUACUACAUUGACUAUUUUGUUGGGUGUUUUUAUCUGUUGUUGGUUUCCAUUUAUUCUUCAUCUCUUCUUAUUCAUCUUUUGCCCUCAAAAUCCUUAUUGUGCUUGCUAUAUGUCAACAAUGUAUGUAAAUUGCACACUUAUAUUGUGCAACUCAGUGAUUGACCCUUUCAUUUAUGCAUUCCGAAGCCCAGAACUGAGGAGUACCUUUAAGAAAAUGUUGUGUUGCUAG